GUCUCUCUGGUCUCGAAUCUCUGAGCCUCUUUUUAACAUUUUCUCUGCUGUUAUAAAGUAACAGGAAACGAAACACAACAUAAACAUAAACUCUUCACUUCCUCUCUGUCUUUCUCUCUCUCUAGAACCCAAACGAACCGGACCGAAGCUCAGUUCGGUUGUUUUGUGUCGUGUCUUGUUUUUUCUAUGAAAUGUAGUUCGUUGUAAUAACAAAAUUAUCGAUAAUGGCGAAGAUUCAUCAAAACAAUGUCAGAUCCUUAGUCCUCGACCACCACCACCAUUCCACCGCCACCGCCAACCACCACCGUCUCUGGACCGCCUUCUCCGCCGCUGCAUUCCGUCGAAAAAUCUUUAAUGCGGUCAGUUGUGGCGGUAGUUCUCGGUUCCGUCAAGAGUUUCAACAAGAUGAUAUUUCAGUCACUACAAGUUCAACGAAUUUGGAGAGUAAAAAUGAGAAGCCACAAGAGAAGGAGAAACCAGAACGGCAAAAAAAGGAAAAGCAGAAACAACGAAAAGGUUCAGAGAAGCUAUCAGAUCUUCUGAAUUUGGCUGACGUGGAAGGUGAAAUUAGUGAGAGUGAAACGAGAAAGAAAGAGGAGGCUCUGGAGGAGUUGAAACGUGUGGUGAAGGAGCUGCAGGUUGAAGAUGAAGUGAAACGAAGAGAAGGUGCCUGUAAAGUGAGGUUACUUGCGAAAGAAAAUUCGGAAGCAAGAGUUACUCUUGCGAUGUUAGGAGCCAUUCCUCCUUUAGCUGGAAUGCUUGAUUUUGAAGAUGUUGAUUCACAAAUUUCAGCACUUUAUGCUCUUCUUAAUCUUGGGAUCGGCAACGAUGUGAACAAAGCAGCUAUUGUCAAAGCAGGAGCUGUACACAAGAUGCUACAGUUGAUUGAAUCGCCAAAUGCUCCAAAACCUUUAGUCUCGGAGGCAAUAGUAGCAAAUUUCUUGGGCUUGAGUGCAUUGGAUUUAAAUAAGCCUAUAAUUGGAUCUUCGGGUGCUGUCCCGUUCUUGGUGAAGACCCUCAAAAAUUCCCAUAACCAAAGUAGUUCACAAGCUAAACAAGAUGCCCUUCGAGCUCUGUACAAUCUUUCAAUCUUCCCAGCAAACAUUUCGUAUAUUUUGGAAACCGAUUUGAUCCCAUUUCUGCUGAACAAAUUGGGUGAUAUGGAUUUGAGUGAAAGAAUUCUUUCAGUUUUGAGCAAUGCGGUGUCAACCCCAGAAGGUCGGAAGGCAAUUAGUGUGGUGCCUGAGGCAUUUCCAAUUUUGGUUGAUGUUUUGAAUUGGACUGAUUCACCAGGGUGCCAGGAGAAAUCAUCCUACAUUUUGAUGGUGAUGGCGCAUAAAUCCUAUGGAGAUAGACAGGCCAUGAUUGAAGCUGGAAUCGCAUCAUCCUUGCUUGAAUUAACACUCUUGGGAAGCACAUUGGCCCAGAAGAGAGCUUCAAGGAUUUUGGAACGUUUGCGAGUUGAUAAAGGGAAGCAAGUUUCAGAGAGUUAUGGUGGGAAUCUGGGUGCCACCGUUUCAGCUCCCAUUUACGGGUCUUCAUCAACAUCUACUAAUACAAAUGGGGUUACAAUUGCAAAUGAGUGCUUGGAAGACGAAGAAGACAUGAUGAGCGAGGAGAAGAAGGCUGUGAAACAAUUAGUCCAACAAAGUUUGCAGAACAACAUGAGAAGAAUCGUUAAAAGGGCCAAUUUGCCACAAGAUUUUGUUCCAUCAGAACACUUCAAGUCCCUCACAGCUAGUUCAACUUCCAAGAGCUUACCAUUUUAAUUAAAGAGGAGAACUUGAAGUCAGAAGAUUAGUAAAUUACAGACUGGGCUGGUGGGCACAAAUAAAAUCAUCCAUGUUCUUCCCCCACGCCGAGGUAUAUAUAUAUAUAUAUAUAUAUAUAUAAUGUGAUGUUUAGUUUAAUAAUUUUAUAAUCUUUUGAAUCGUGUUUUUCUUCUUCUUUUGUGAUAAGUCGGUUCUCUCUUAGCUGUACUUAAAUGUUGUUGUAAAUAUUAUAUGUGGUAAUGUAAUU